AUUCACCAAGAAACAUCAAAAUACAGGGCGUGACCUCUGUAAAAGUGGGCACUCCACUGACUUUGACAUGCUCUGCUGAUAGUGACCCUCCACCACACAUGUACACAUGGAAGCACAAACCUGGACUGUCUUCUGUCCCAUUAUCAAUGGAAACUGGACAGUUAUACAUUAAGAAAAUGACCAUUCAACAUGCAGGGCAGUACACUUGUGAUGUUACCAACACUAUUGGCACAGGAUCACACACCAUUAAAGUUGAUGUGCUUUAUCCUCCAUCUAAUCUCAGUUUGAUCACGAAGAAGGAAGUGAGAGAGUUUGAAGUGAUCUCCAUUAUCUGCACGGUUCAAAGCUGUCCUGACUCACACCUCACAGUGACAGGACCUCAGGGUGAUCUGAAAGAUAUUCAGAACAAUCGAAGGAACAGCACUGCAUCUGCAAACAUGUUGACUGUCUACAUGAAUGUCUCUGAGUCAGAUGCAGGAAUGUACACAUGCAAAGCAAAAAAUUCAGAGGGAGAUCGAGAAACUAAACAAGAGCUAAUUGUGUUGCAUGCAUCUAAAAAUGUGAGUGUAAGUUCUAAAGGAGAACAAACAUUUGGGAGUGAGCUGACCCUUACAUGUGAGGCUCACUCCAAACCUGCUCCAUCCUCAUAUGAGUGGAAGAAACGCUUUAAUGGGGCGAGAGAUACAGUCGGACAUAAACGGGAACUACAAUUUAACUAUCUGGAAAUCACUGAUUCUGGUCAGUACGUCUGUAUUGCUCAUAAUUCCAUUGGAAAAACAGAAUCCCCAUCUGUAGAGAUCAAGGUCAAGU